AUGAAAUCAUUAUGUAUAUUAUGUUUACUUAUUUCAUUAGUAUUCUGUAUGAAUAAUGUAAUGGAAGAUUCUACACAACAGUUACAGGUUCAAAAGUAUAAUAGAAGAGGAAGUCAUCCGAACAUUUUCCAGUGCAUUACUUGUAAAAGUGGUACUGGAAAAGUUUUAGGUAUGAUUUUAAGUCCAUCAACAAACAAGUCUAUCAAUAAAAUAACUGAAACACUUUGUAUGGAAACAGGUCCAUUUAAUACUUCCUGUAGAAUGUUUGCAAAUGAACUUUCAUCACAGGUCUUUUAUCUUUUCCGUCAUAUAGUACCACAAAAAUGGUGUGCUUUUCUCGGUUUCUGUUAUUACCCACCUAUUGUACCUGUUUGUAAAUGUUGUCUUAAUACUGGACAACUGAUAAAAUCAAUGUUAAUGUCGGAACCUUUUCUAUCAGAAUUAUACAAUAACACAUUAGCUAUGUGUGAUAAAUUACCCAAAUUAUCUAUCAUAUGCAAUGCACUUCUACAUGAUAUUUUCAUGGCUAUAACCUUAAGCUUCAAUGAACAAUUUGUAGUUUAUCGACUAUGUAAGAAUGGUGGAUUUUGCUGA